UGUUUUGACGAUUUUCAGCGAUUUUGAAUUUAUAUAGCAAAAUAUUGUGUAUUUUCUCGUAUUCUCUUUUUCGUUAUAGGACCGCAUUUUUUUUUACCUAAUUACUUAUAUGUUGUCAAGUUAUUCCAUGUAAACAACAUCGGUCCUUAACUGGAACCUGCUGCUACAAAGCUACAUUAGUAACCUCCGUGCAGGAGAGCAGUUCAGUUGGUGUGGUGGCUGACUCGGGUAGACUUCAAGUCAAAAUUGCUUCGAGGAAACAACAUUUAGCUGUUAUUUUAAUCAACAUUUGAAAGCCUGUUGGAGUGACAACACUCCGUUUGUUUCUGGACUUUUUAAAUUGUAUUAAUUGUUUAAUCUGACUAACGUCAUCAUGCGAAACUACGCCACGGAUGUGAAGCUCUUCGCAGAGGAACAUGUGACAGGACUGGCUGUUGCUGUGAUCACAGUAGGAGUAGGACUGUUCGUGCUGCGCCGAUGGCUAGCUGGUGGGGUCUGUCACAGCAAAGCACGGCUUGAUGGGAAGACUGUCCUGAUUACUGGAGCCAACACUGGUAUCGGGAAGGAGACAGCCGUGGACAUGGCCAAGAGAGGGGCCAGGGUUCUCCUGGCCUGCAGAGACCAGGCGAGAGCGCAGGCUGCGGCGGCUGAGAUCAGGAAGAGGAGUGGGAAUGGGAACGUGGUGGUGAAACAGCUGAACCUGGCCUCUCUGCAGUCUGUCAGAAACCUGGCUAAAGACAUCCUGGAGACAGAGAGACGCCUGGACGUACUCAUCAAUAAUGCAGGGAUCAUGAUGUGUCCUAAAUGGAAAACGGAGGACGGAUUUGAGAUGCAAUUGGGAGUGAACCAUCUGGGCCACUUCCUGUUGACCAACUGCCUUCUGGACCUGCUGAAGAGAUCUUCACCCAGCCGCAUUGUCAACGUGUCCAGCUUGGCUCACGAGAGAGGAAAGAUCUAUUUUGAAGACAUCAACCUUGACAAAGACUAUUCUCCAAAAAAAAGCUACGGGCAGAGCAAGCUGGCAAACGUGCUGUUCAGCAGAGAGCUAGCAAACAGACUGAAGGACACUGGGGUGACUGUCUACUGCCUCCACCCCGGCGUCAUCCGCACGGAGCUGGGGCGCCAUCUCUGGCCCAGCAUGGCCCUGUGGAAGAGGCUGGUUGCCCAGCCCUUCAUGAUGCUCAUCAAGUCCCCCUGGGAGGGAGCUCAGACCACCAUCUACUGCUCCGUGGACGAGAAGGAAGCCAGCAACACCGGUCUCUACUACAGUGACUGUGCUCCCAAAGAAGCUGCUCCCCAGGCCCAGGAUGAGGAGGCAGCCAGAAGGCUAUGGGAACUCAGUGCCUCCAUGGUGGGCCUGUCCAAACCCUGACCCUUGACCCCAGACUAUGGAGGCGCAGGCCUGGCCUGACUGUGUAGAAUGUAUGCCUGCUUCAUAUUUAUAUUGCUGUGAACUUGAAACCUUAGGUUCUCUUGGUGUGCAACCUAUCUCGGCUGUGUGCACGCCAGUCUCUUGAAUAAAGAAGAAGACAUUGUGAAUGACUGCUGCAGAACCUAGCUGUUUGCUGUUACAUCUUAAGCCUUAAUGGAGAAGAAUGUGAACUUAUAGGUUUUAUAGUUCGCUUGAAAUAAUGUUCAACAAAACAUCACACAAUACAAAAUUACAGACAUUUAUUUUGCACACUCUCAAAGCUUUAGAGUUUAUUUGCACGAAAGCUGCUGAAUAUGCUGAUGUGCAAUGAGAUGAAUCAAUACCCAUCAAGGUUCCACAACAGGUCCGUGGCAACAACGGGAUUGGCCUCCCCUUGAAACCCCUCCUCUUCCCAUGAUCCUCCUGUGUUGUAAUAACUUGUCUUGUGUCUUCUCCUUAGACACUGUGCUUCCAAUUUGCUUUGCUUGUUCUUUGGAGUUUUAAGCUGGGUGCCUGUAUAAGCAUUUUAUGACAACUACUGAAGUGAAAAUUGCUUUAUAAAUCAAUAUAUCAUUACCCAAUAGCAAGUUUAAUUGAAUAUAAUAACAUUACCAGCAGUUUGAUAUGCACUGAUGAGUUACACCUCAGAUUAAGAAUAGCAUGGUCCAUCUGAUGAUCAGUUCAUUACACAGUAAUAUAAUUAACCUGUAUCAGCACAUUCCUUUUCUAGUUGUCACUUCUGUUACUGCUGGGGUCUAAUAAUACAUUUUUAUAUUCACCUCCAUUCUCUGAACUCAUGUUCAUUGAAAUAAAACAAGCAUAUUUCAUCAAA